AUGCGCGGAUACGCUGCGACAAGCGGAAGCCUGUCUGUUAUCGCUGUCGAAGCAACAGCCGCAAAUGGCCGCCCGGCAAACAACAUUGCUACAGACACAAGACUCCUGAUUCCUCGCCGGAAUCCACGUGAGCUAGCCGUUGAUCAAUUCAUCUCUAUCAUUGCCCCCACCUUCGCUGGGCCCUUCGAUACAGAGUUCUGGUCCCGUGAGAUCCCAAGAUUCUGCCUGCAGGAUGACGCUGUCUUCCAUGCCGUCAUGGCUUUGAGCGCUCUCUGUCGUGAUUACAAGUUUGACCGCGAUCAUCCGGUAGAAACUAAUGUAUUUGCUCUUCAGCAGGCCAACCUGGCGAUCCAGCAGCUCACCCAGCCUCACUCAAACCACACGGAGAGUCAAUGGCGUAUUCUCACCACAUGCAUCCUGUUCAUCUGCAUCAGUCUAGUUGAUAGACGGUUUGAACAGGCACGUAUGCACUUUAAACAUGGGUUCAAGAUUUAUCAACAGCUUGAGGAAGCGGGACAAAAAAGGGCAAAACCCUAUCCUGGAAAACGUGAUCUCGUCCUACGAUCCUGCCCCGUAACCCUUUCGUCGGUCCAGGCUGUAUUGGCGGGCUUCCAAGUACGUGAUCGCUCACUACUCGAGAUUGGUGACGCGGCCGGCGGAACAGCACCCAAACCGCCCGGCAAUACCAAAUCUAGCCUCAGUCUCUCCUACAGCGGCCCCAACCAAGAUUCAAUCCCGGAGGAAGGUCUGGCCAUUGAGAGCAUAAGGCUAGCCAUGUGUGCAAGCGAGUCACUGAUGUUCGAGCUCGUUCUCUUCACAUAUAAACAUGCCGAGGACUUGAAGAACCUGUUUUUAAGUCGGCGAGUACAACUUCCUUCAAUCACGCGGAAGCAAAGGCCCUACACAAACUGCUAUUCAGAGAUCCAACAUACCAUGGCAGCGUUUGAGCAGUGGGCUUCCUUGUCUUCGGAUGAGGCAAACUGGGGACCAGUAGUCCGACACCAGAUUCGCAAAGGCCUGAAGUAUAUCCAGCUCUACCAGCUGGCCAGCUCCCUUCUCCUCAAUACGGACCCAGAUACCCCGAACCCUGUUUCGCGGUUCAGGAAGCUACCGGAGCUAUGCAGCACGAUAGUAGAUCUGAUGGAAGAGGUGCUUGACAUGGAAGCACAUGGUUAUGGCCGUGGAAAUGGAGAGUAUAUCCUACCAAGGCUUGGCCUAACAAACCCUAUACGAACUCUUGUCCAGUUUGGCUUUGGGUAUGACACGCGAAGACGGGCCAUAUCGCUUCUCCGUCGACCGAGACUAGAGGGGUUUUGGGAUACGCUCAUGUCGGCCAGUAUCCUCGAGGCUAUACUUGAUCGUGAGAUGGAGGGUUCAAAGUUAGAUCAAUCGACACCAGAUGCCCAGGAGCGCAUUCCCAUCUUAAAGGGUACAGGCGUCGAAGAGGUUGACAACGGCACCUAUCCACUGUAUCGUGUUUUCGUUACCAGUUUUCAAUUCCUAGGGGAAAGAAGUGCCGUAGCAUCCCUUAGGCUGUGGCAGGAGUAUAUUGACGGAGUGCCUGGCCAGGAAAAGAUCAUAACCUGGUGA